AUGACANAAAAGGAUAUUUUGCCCCAAGGGAUUUUUCUCACCUCUUCUGACUCGGGUGGGGACCGUGUCCUGUUCUGGCACUCUUCUCCUCACACUCGUCAGACAGAUCUGGCACACUAUUCCUCCAAUUCGAAUUCAUGUGAAUCAGCUGCAGUCGAGAAGGAUAGGGAUACAUCUGCGACAGACGCUUCAGGCAAACCGACGGAACCUGUUGGGGCUUCUAGCAAUCCCUUUGCACUUCAUCUGAUUUCAGAUAGACUUGAUCAUCUGAGUGACGUUACAGCCAGUCCUACCGGCCCGGGACCUAACACAGACCGUUUAGGCGGUGCCAGUGCAUCUGGUGUGACCGGGGUUAGUGGUUCCCUUUCAGUAGCAGCUGCUGGAACAACCGCUACUAUUGGUCCUUCGGUGGGAUCUGGUCCCGAUGGGACUGUACAGUCCGGAUUAGGUGCGGAACAUGUACGAUUUCGUGAACCUGUGGUGGAGCCAAACGGACUGUCUAUUAUUGGGGGAUUACCAACUAAUAUCCUCUUGGGUUUGUUGCAUCAACAGACACAAGAAGCGCAACGGAAGAUCUACAUCAAGCUAGACAAUUACAUUUUUAUUGGUGCCUUGUUCAACGUAACUGCCGGUCCAAACGAGGUGAUUGAACCGGAUUCUGGUAUUGAACCUCACGUAUCAUCCCCAUGUCGUGCUGGACAUUCACUGAUCAGUUUUGGGGUUGUAUUCGCCAUGGAUGCAUCCGCGCCACCAUCUGUGUUGUCACAUUACGCCGAACUGGCCCGAUUGAUCGGCACACAAAUCCGCCGAGCUGAGUUGGUAUUCCACUACCUCAGUCAUCAGCGAAAUAUCAUCAUCUCCGCAGUGGAUAGAACUUCUCCGGGUUUGGGCUACGGUGAAGAUGUUGGUCUGUCUCCUAAUCCCAUCCAACCGGAACCGGAAUCUGGACGAGUGGAGAAAGACUCUCAACGAUUGUUUCGUUCUUCCUCAUCUCGGCGUUCUCAGCGAUCUGGUUGUGCCGUUUCCAGUUCAGACGUGCCUGGUGCUCCGUUAAAUCCGGGACGUUCCUCACAAGCCUCGAUUUUGUCCUCUUCGGAUCGAGAUACUCUGAACGGGGCCAUAGAUAUGGAGACCAGACUGGAGAACUUCUCCGCUGAAACCACGCUAGAUCAGCUGGCACGGUUGUCCAGCUUGUGUGCCUCGUUGAAAACGAUUCUCGAUUCCGUGUGUCUUACUGGACACGUGUCCGUCAUGAUAAACGAUUUGUAUCCGGUCCAUUUCUGUUUGCCCCAUAUGGCCUACAGUCUGUCACGCGAACCAAACCAGAAUCUCAUUCCGGCUAUUCGACCUAUGGCUGUCUGGCGCGCUAUGGAUCGAAUACGACCGUAUCAUGCACUGCUACUGGUCUCCAGAAAAGAGGAGCUGAUUGAACGUCACAUUCCGCUAGACAUCAACGCAACUAUGUUCGAGUUGCUCAAGAAAAAGAUGCUCAAUCUAGCCGGUGACCACGGCCAGAACCAGGAAGAUGUAGGUAUAGUUUCUACGAUUCGUGAUUUGUUUUAA